AUGGAUUGGAAAAAAAGUGAAAAGAAUUCAAUAGAUGUUGAUUAUUUUCGAGAGAAUUUAAUUAUACAUGUUGAACAAUUUUUUGAUAAUGAAAAUUUUAUUAUUCAGUUCAAGACAGAUGAAAAUAAUCAAUUAGUUUUGGAAAUACAAGUAAAUGAUUAUAUUAAUGAAAAAGAUGGAUCUUUAAAAGAUAUUGAUGAUUUUAUAACAGAUGUAGGAAAUGAAAUUUAUGAACUUACACGACGAAAAAGACAGAUGGAUGGAGAAAAGUUCGAACAAGAAUAA